AUGGAUUAUGAUCCUACCCAAUCCCGGAGAGGGAGCAGAUCAAGAGCCCUGGAAAGGUCUUUGAGUUAUUCCGAAGCCAUUGGCAACGGAUCAGGCAGAUCAUCAAUAGAAAUCCCAAGAAUCGACAACACCGACGUCUAUUUCAACGAAGAAAUGAAAAAGCAAUACAGGAUAUCGCAAACUUACGUCGAAGGCAAGGAAAUUGCUUUCCCAUCUAUCGUCACUAAUAUUGAUACUAAUGAAACUAUACCUUCUAGUGGUGAAGGACUGCUGUCUGAUACAUCACAUUACUCAAGUGAAGAUGAUGAACAUAUAGACGGAGGCAUUGUAAUGACAAUAGAUGUGGAACAUGACAGUCCUAGAACGUCGGAAUCGACGAAGCAUAAUUUCUCUGAUGCUUCGACACAACCUAUGGCUAGUCCACAGACUGAAAGUGAACUUUAUGAUAGGAUUGAUUAUGCUGAAGACAUAUACAGUGAAAUUGGUACGAAUACAAACACAUUGGCACCUUCGGCUCAUAAUUAUUCUGCACCUUACACCAGAAGAAGUAAGAACAGCAAAAAACAGAGAUUCCAAAGAGGCAGACCGACUCGCUCGAGAAGAGUUGUGUUCAAGAACGGAGACGAGAAUGUGCCGUUGCGUCGGAACAUUCCUGCCAAGUCUAUCAAAUAUAUGCGGGAUAUUGUCAACACCGUGAUAAACAGCAAAUGGCGAUUCCUCCUGCUGUCCGUAGUCCUGGCCCACUUCGCGUUCUGGUUCCUGUUCGCCGGCAUCUGGUAUGCGGUCGCGAUGUCGUAUAAGGACAACGACGGGAGAGAUCACUGCGUCAACGGAACUUCCUCCUUCGCCGGUCUGCUCAUGAUGUCUGUGGAGACACAGAUGACAAUAGGCUAUGGAGUUCGAUUCCCAAAUGAGGAAUGCCCUGAAGCAAUCAUCAUUAUGGUCCUCGAGAUAGUAGCAGGCACGGCCCUAUCAGGAGGCCUCGUCAGCUUACUGUUCACGAAGAUGGUCAGACCCAACAGGCAUGUCACCGACGUCGGGUUCAGCAAGAAAGCAGCUGUUUGCCUCAGAGACGGUCAGCUGUGCCUACAGUUCCGAGUGUGGGACCUCACCAACAUCCAUAUCAUAGCCAGCACCAUCACAGCUUACAUGCUCAAACCUAUCAGGACCCUGGAAGGCGAGCUAGUCCAGAACUAUAUCCACCAGCUGAAACUGAAGCAAGCGAACGCGUUCCUCCUGUGGCCAAUCACGGUGGUGCACGUGAUCGACUCGGAGAGCCCGCUCUACGACUUCUCACCGCAGGACAUGAUGGAUUACAGGUUUGAGAUAGUGGUGUGCCUCACCGGGUCAUCGAAGAACAUGGGCACAGUCACCCAGAGCAGAACGUCCUACCUCUCCAAAGAGAUCAUCUGGGGAUACAGAUUUAAAAACGUGUUAAAAUACUGCAAGCAGAAAGAGUCAUACAUCAUUGACGUGGAUAACCUAGACACGGUGGAACAGGUCGACUCGCCCCUUUGCUCCGCUUCACAGCUGAAAUGCGUAGAAGUUGACAUCAAGUCGUCCGAACAGAUCGUGUCCACUCCGACAUAUAUGUCGAUAUCGCCAACGAACACUUUCUUCACAAGAGGCAACUCGUCCCUGACUAGAGAUGACUCGAUCCUUACCAGAGGUGACUCGCCCUUUACGAGAGGGGACUCGACCCUCACAAGGGACGAUUCGUCCAGAACAGCGGAGUCAAUCCCGUCCACGCCUAGUUUCAGCAGGCAUGGAACUCAAAGAAGCUUCGGUUGGAACUUUAAAAGAUUUCGAGACGUAAAAGGCACAUAA